AUGAAACAAUGUUCGUUUCAAUGUAGAGUGUUUGUAUUCAAGUCAACUAACGGCCAUGAUGAUUUAAUUACGAUUCGAGUAUUAAGAUUUGAAAAAGCGUUUUUUUGUGUGCUCGGUGGUGUAACCGCGUUGAAGUCAAUUCAAGGGGAUUUCAUAAGACUUCCUUUGAUUCAAGUGGAAUCUCAUUCGCGAAGUCGCCGUGAGUUGGCUAUCAAAGGAGCGAAAAUUGAUUUAUGGAAUGAUAAAAAUGUGCAUUAUGCCAUAAACAUUACUGUUGGCACUCCGCCUCAAAAUUUUGUUGUAAAUUUCGAUACUGGCUCUUCUGAUCUAUGGGUGCCUUCGGUGAAUGGAAGCUGCCCAGUCUUGUGCAAGUCAAUAAAUAAAUACAAUUCGAGCGCUUCAUCGACAUAUAAUGCGAUAACCGAAUCACCGAAUUUUGAAAUUGCCUAUAAAGUUGGUAGCUUGAGCGGUACUAAAGCGACGGAUACUGUUUCGUUUGGUGGUUUAACAAUCAAAGAUCAGAUAUUCGGCGUAGCUACAGAGCAACCAUUUGAUGUAUACAAUUAUCCAUUCGAUGGAACUAUUGGCUUUGGAUGGUCGGGCGUCGUAUCAAAAACUGAUCCGAACUCAACGAUACUCCAAAAUUUAAAAGACCAAGGGCAAAUAUCCUACCGUUAUGCUUGUCUUAAACUGCAUCAGAAAGAUCAACAACCGGGUGGCGAACUCUUUCUUGGUGGUUGUGACAUUGCGCCCGAACAUUGGGGACGGGUGAAUGGAGGUGGUCUUUGGAAUAUACCUCUCGAUAAAUUUGCAGCAAUUGGAACUGAUGGUAAGAGCAAAGCAUCCGUUUGUGGCCCAGACAGUAAUGUUACAAGCUGUCAUGCAGUAAUGGACUCUGGAGCUUCAGUUCUUGGUGGACCAAAAAAUCUUGUCGAACCGAUUGCGUUAAAGCUUGCAAAUAGCAGCAAAUAUGACGAAAGUCAAAACGAUUUUACCGUUGAUUGUAACGAUAAAACAUUAGGGAAAAUGGAGUUCACUUUUGGAAAAUUCAAAGUUCUCCUGAAACCAGGCGAUUACCUUGAAAAGAACGGGGAUAAAUGCAGAUUAAAUUUCAAAGUCUUUGAUUUACCAGACACGCUUUUACUGGGCGUUCCAUUUCUUAGAAAAGUGACACUCUUUAUGAAUCAGGAGAAUGAUUACGCUGGCCUUGCAAAAUCGAAUAUUGAAAAGUCCGUCAAGCGGCCAACUGCUGGAUAAACCAAUGGACAAAACGGUUCAUGGAUUGAAAUUAAAAUUUGGACUUUUCAUCGUAGAGAAAAAUUUCAAGGAGCACAAAAAACGUUAGAUUCAAAACUUUGCGCGCUGUUUAUUGUGAAUUUGAACUGUUGAAAUAAGAUAGAUGUACCCUUUGAAAUGGAAGACGCUCGCACAAGUACAAUUUGCUUCGAUGACUCAAUAGGUGCAAUAUGCAAUUCAAACCGAAAUCGAUGUUUAAUUAUCAGCAAAAUGCAUUGCUAUCACAUAACAAACACAUUUCGAAGCAACGCACGCAACACGAUAUCAUUGCGAUCAUCAGAAAAUCUAUGAGGCAGAUACAGUAUAGUUUUGUUUUGCUUUUGAUGUAGACAAUCGCUUCGUAAUUUACAUAAUUUGCAGUGUUUAAAUAGAAUCAUUUGUGAGAAAAAAAAAAACGAUAAGCUGCUUGGUCAGACACAGAACAUUGAAGCUUCAUAUUUGAUUUCUUUUGCCAUUGAAUCGUCUGCUUUCAGAAUUGUAGAUCGUAAGAAACCAUGAGUGAAUCACAUUCCAUUUUUUUAUAGAAUUUUC